GCCGGCGGCGGCCAUGGCGGCGGCGGCGGGCGAGCGCGGCCUGGCCUUCGUGCAGCAGCAGCACGCCGAGACGCUGGCGAAGCUGCACGAGGAGAUCGAGUACCUCAAACGGGAAAACAGAGAUCUUCACUACAAGCUCAUAAUGAACCCGAGUGCGCAGCCCCGAGAUAAUACAACUUCUACCUCAUCUUCUGCAAAGACCAGUUCAAGACACUGUUCAGCAUGUAACUCUACAGUUUCUCAGUAUUCGCUAAAACAGAGACUACAAACAAAACAAUCCAGAAAGCAUGAACAAAGGGCAGAAGAACAUGUGGUUCACAUAGUGCCUGCAGAAUCACAGCUACCCAGUCUACGUAUGGAAAAGUUAACUGAGGAAGUUCCUCCCAGAGAAUAUAGAGAAGUUUCUGAUAAAGCCACAUCCCCAAUAACUUCACUGACAAGUCCGAUUACAUGUACAACAACUCAAAUACCAGCAGCCUCUUCAAAUGACCUUCCUUCCUGGGACUGGAAGCCACCAACACUAGGAGAGUGUCAAGUAAUCAUUCGCCAGCUCUGGAGCAUCAAUCAGAUGCAGGCCCAACAGAUAGUGUAUCUGAAAUCAUGUUUGGAAAACAUUCACAAGACCAAAAGGAUUCCUGGAGACUACUUAAUCACCAGUCAAAUUGGGAAUCCAGAAGUCACAUGCUUGCCCAAAGUGUCACACAAGGAUACAGCUAGGAAAUGUUUGAUCGCUGCUCCAGUGCCUAUUACAAAAAAGGCAAUUUUGCCACCCCUGAAACAAACACUGGGGAACAGUUUUGUUGAGAGACAGAGGAGAACACAGGCUAUUCAAAGAAGCCGUCUUCAUCGAACUGCGCUUUAACUGAACAUUCUUCAUCUUGUUUCCUUCUGAGUGCUUUGAGAGUUCACACACACUUUCAUGAUAGAUUCUUCAGCUACUAUUACCACAUAUUUCAAGUAAAAGUUGAUUAUGAAUUCAUUUUGUCUGUCAUUUCUUCAAUAAAGUAAAGGAUCAGA